AUUAGAGCGUUCGGUGAAUCGUGGGACGGUAUAAUUUCAUUUUGUCGAGUCAUCUGGCUCAGUAAUAGUUUAUUAGUAUCCAUAGCUCUAAACACCACUUAAAACGCGCUCCAACACUCCACCAACCACUUGCCAUGCACUCGGACGAAAAGAAACAUACAUCGUUUAGCGUCAACCAUAUCCUUCAAGCCGCAGAAAACUCGAUGGCGGAGAAUGAUAAAGRCACUGAUAGUAAGAACRCAACGGAUGAAGGUCAAGUUAAAGUGGUUUUAGAAGAAGCAGAUUUAUGGCGCCGGUUUAAGUCUCUAACAAAUGAAAUGAUCGUCACUAAGAAUGGGAGACGUAUGUUUCCCGUCCUAAAGGUCAAUGUAACAGGACUAGAGCCAAAGGCCAUGUACUCCUUUUUACUGGACUUUGUUUGUGUUGGAGGCAAUCGAUGGAAGUACGUGAAUGGCGAAUGGGUAUCAGGAGGAAAACCAGAGCCUCCUGCUCCUAGUUGCGUUUAUAUUCACCCUGAUUCGCCAAACUUCGGUGCGCACUGGAUGAAACAACCCAUUGGUUUUUCCAAAGUGAAGCUUACCAACAAGCAAAACACAUCAGGACAACAGAUCAUGUUAAAUUCUCUACACAAGUACGAGCCAAGGAUUCACAUCAUUAAAGUUGGUGCUUCGGACAACAAUCGCACGAUCGUCUCCCACUCUUUUCCAGAAACUCAGUUUAUUGCCGUUACUGCCUAUCAGAAUGAAGAGAUUACAGGCUUGAAGAUUAAGUAUAAUCCUUUUGCGAAGGCCUUCCUGGACGCCAAAGAAAGACAAGAACAGAAAGAYGCAUAUGAACAAGCGGAAUCGCAUUCAGGUUAUUCGCAAUAUGGUUGGUUCUGUUCUGGUCCUCCUCCACCAGUUUAUCCUCAUCAUCAUCAUCCGUCYUCAUAUCCACAUAUUUCAGCUUCACCGUACAGAGGAAUUAGUCCGAUAGGUAUCCGUAGUCACCGCCCUACACCCUAUCCAAACCCAUAUUACAAGCGCGCGGAUCUCUCACCGACCGCUCUUGCUCAACCUUACUACGCRCAAGACUCCAAUUCAAUACUGUUUCCGGGAACAACAAGCAUAGAAAGCCUCACAAUCCCAUCCAUGACAGUAGGGCACCAUUCGCCGUCAGCCUUAGCCUCGUCUCUAAGUAAUAGUCCAUAUAUAAACAAUCUAAGAGCGGCUCAUCAUGAUUCAGAAAAUCACAGAAGAGACAGUGACAAGACAAAACAUCAUCAAAAUGGAGGAUUAAGUCUUCAUUCGGCCUGGAGUACUACCAUAUCGCAGCCAUAGUAACCUGCCGGGUCAACAUAGUUCUUUUAUAUUGGACAGUUCGUCAAAUAUAUACUUAUUGAACAUAAAGAAUGGCCGCUCGRUCUUCAAAACUAUCCAUACCAUAAAAAAUGCAAAAAAAAUGCUAGAAUUUUACAGGUUUUGCUUUUCUAACGAUUUGAAUUUUAUUUUCAUAUGUCCGCCAUUCGUUUCAAGAAAACACGKUCAAACUUUGUGGAUUUUGCUGAAAACGUGUAGUCAUUGUUUUAUCACAUUUCUAUCUGUAUAUUUUCUAUUUUAUUCAUAAGAUUCUCUUUACAAAUAUUUCUUUUUAGUACCGCAUUGCAAAAGUGAUAUCCAUUUUGAAAGUGGUUUCUUCACAUAAUUCAUUGACAAGAAAAUAUAAUCCUGCGAUUGUUGAUUAUUGUAAAUAGAAUUGUAAUAUACGUUAAUGUUAUUUAAGAAGAACUACGGGCAAGCAUAAAUUUUUAAGAGAAAAAAAGUCGAUUUGUUAUUUAAUAGCAGUACUUACUAUAGCAGUACUUGCUUGCCCUCUCGGUUACUACAGAGCCAUAAUCUUUAAUAAAUGUAAUUAUUAUUAUCAAUGCUUAAUGCAUUAAGAGAUUUACUGAAAAAAAGACUGAUU